ACCCUUCCUUCCAGCUUGACAUUUUGCAACUUGCCGCCCUUCCCCUCUGAUCGAGCCGACAGCAUCUCACAACCCGUAUCUUCAUUAUUGAACUCGUUUAUCUCUCGCAGGUGCGCACGCACAGACACAAGAAAAAGGAGUCACUUCUUAUUCGCUUAUCCCCCCUCUGAACCUUUCGCCCUUGAGCCAGCGCAGACUCAACUAAAAGGACCACAAUGGCCACCGCGUUCAAUCCUACACCAUACCAGGAAGGGGAGUCACUGGUACUCCACGUGUGCGAAAGCUACUCCCGCAACCUGCCGUCACGCCUUACCGCCACCAUCAGCGAAGUGCUCUCGGAGACCAUGUCCGUUGUAUUGGCAGUCACCAUCCAGACCCGUCACGGCUCGUCUAUCCGCUGUGUCCUUAAGCUCUAUGACCGUCGGUUUGGCUCAUGUCUACGCUACGUUCUCGACAAAAGGACCGCCCCACACACACGGGAAAGCGAGGCGGUGUUUGAGGCCUUUGUCAGGCGGGGGAUGAUGCCCGGGUUUCUCCGCUAUGUCCGAGAUCGAAACGAGACCGAGGACUAUGCCGUCGCAGCUUGGGAGUUCCUUGACGAGCCCAACCACGCUGACGGCCUUGCCAAGUACGAGGCGACGCUUUGGCGAGACUGUAUCGAACACUUUGAGUGCGAGACCAAGGCCUAUAGCCGACUGGCCGACUGCCAGGGCAGGUUGGUGCCGCGCGUGCUUGCCCAUGUCAGCUUGUCGACCACCCCGCUCGCGCCUAUGCCGCCGGAAGCAGCACCCUACUUCGAGGUCAAGGGAAUCCUCCUGGAAUGCAUCGACGGGUUCUGCCUCGAAGACCUGACGCGCGCCACCCCCUUACCAAGGAACCUCAAGACAUGGCAACAGCUGAUCCAGUCGGCCGCGGACGCAGCGCACGAGAUCAACCAGCGCGGCAUCAUCAUGGACGACUGCGCACCGCGCAACGUGGUCGUGGACGAGCAGUCGCACACGCCGCGCAUUAUCGACCUGGCCCAGUGCCGCUUCAAGGACGAGCUGGUAGCGCAGUGGUACAAACGGGAGUGGCACGAGGAGGAGGGCUGGGAUCCGGACGUCGAGUAUUGGGAGCAGGCGAUGAGCACGCAUAACCCGGGGGCGAUCGGGGCGGUGAUGGUGACUCUGGUACAGAAGAAGACGGGUGUGAAGCUGCCUAUCACGUAUCCCGACUAUAGGGCCAUGAUUGCCGGGAUCAGGAGGAGGAAAGCGGAGGCAGCCGUGGCGGGCGUAGCCAAAUCUACGGCCUAAGGGCGCACUCUUUAGCCAUCUCUUCUUUCACGACCUGUGUUGUCAAAAGAAAGCUGGUAGGAGGGGUUUCGGUUACCAAACAAAAAUUGGUCACGGCACACCCAUGGUAAUUUAGCGAACCACCGUCGUAAGAUAUACCGCGAUGAUCGGAAAAGGUCAUAUUGCGCGCUUAUACCAAGCCGUGAUCCACCAGGAGCAGGUAAUAGCAGGCCACCAAGAGC